UGUCGCAAUAAUCGCAAAAAUGAAAUAUCGCGAUAUUUAGAGCACACCGCGGUAGAUAAUGGGCCACCGCGAUCACCGCAUAUGACCUGGUGCGGGUUGCGCGUUCAUGAAACUGACCGUGGAAUUCUAGAAUGAAACGUGCGUUGCCAUGAUACCCAUUCAUUAACGUUCAUUACUCUACUUCAUUUAAGAAUGCUCGAUUCUGAUUGGCUGGGAGGGGUGCAUUAAUCCGGCAUAUUGCCCGCUGACUUGUCGGUUCUACUUGCUGCUGACUGAGCACAACCUUGUGUGGUUGGUUGCUAUAGAAACGCGUUACCUACAGUUGAGCUAACGUUAUUCACCGUAGUUCUAAAGGGAACUACUUUUCGAGGGAGAUGAACUUAAACAGAGCAUACAUUUAAUAAGCAUGCAAUACGAAUAAGAAAAAGGCUAAUUAUUAAAGUAUAUGAAUUGUUUUAUUAUGUUGGCCGGCGCGAAUAAACGGAAUAAUCACCUCAAGGCAGGGCAAUAAACAGUUUGAUAUGCCCGGCUCGCGGAAGGUUACCGCCCGAGACGAUUGCCCGGCCUCUCUGUGAUUAUUCCUUACUUCAUUUAGUUAGUAGUAACCUGCUCCCGCCAAAGCAAACGUCUAAAAAAAAGUGAAUGAAUGAAAGAAUGGCAGCACUCGUAUCAAAAAAAAAUUGUACCUCGUCCCUUUGGGAGCAUUUCGGCUUUCAGCCAAAUGAAAAGGGGGAACCAGCCAAUUUAGAUGUGGCCAUCUGUAAAAUCUGCCGCAAAUCGGUUCAAGUUAAACGUGGAAAUACAACAAAUUUAAGGGCUCACCUAUCAAGCUACCAUCCAUCUAUUGCGGCGCGGAUUGCCACACAGGGUAGCGGAGCAGCUCAUGUCGGUGCUAGCCGACAGCUUGGAGUCGCCGAAGCCUUUUCUCGAGUCGGCAAAUACAGCAGAGACAGUGACAGACAUAAACGCCUAACAGGCGCUGUUACAAGGUAUCUAGUUGAGGAGAUGGUGCCGUUUUCCACUGUACAGAAACCUUCUUUCAAGUCACUGCUCGAGAAAUUUGAUAAGCAAUAUGAGUUGCCAGGAAAAACCUACUUCUCAGAAACUGCUGUGCCUAAAAUGUACAAUUCAGUAAGAGCAUCAGUUCAGAGUGAGCUCAGAAGUGUGGACUUUUUCUCUGCCACCACUGACAUGUGGUCAAGUGUGAACAUGACUCCUUACAUGAGUCUUACUGUUCAUUACCUGACCACAGACUGGACUCUAAAAUCACGCUGCCUCGAAACAGUGUUUAUGCCCCUGAAUCACACAUCUGACAACAUCGCAGAGGCUCUACGCAGCGCAUUUGAUGAGUGGUCCCUGGAUGAGAAGAAGCUGGCGUGCGUAACGACAGAUAACGGGGCAAACAUCGUGGCAGCAGUGAAACAAUUGGGCUGGACGUGGCUGAACUGCUUCGGACACAAUCUACACUUGGCAGUGACAAACGCAAUGGCAAGCGUUAAAGAUCGCACAUCGCGAGCAAUGGGCCAGUGCCAUACCUUAGUGGGUGCGUUCUCCCAGAGCUGGCUGAAGAGGAGGGAUCUGGCGAAAGCGCAAGCGGAGCUUCAAACCCCGCAGCACGUACUCAUAAUGGACUGUCCAACAAGAUGGGGCUCCAAACAAAAAAUGGUGGACCGAGUCUUGGAGCAAAUCCCCGCCAUAAAACGAGUUUUGGAUGAUCGGCGGCAUCAGCAUCUCAUCCCCAGCUGGCAGGACAUUGCCGUUUUGGAGUCGGUGAACGCGGCGUUAAAGCCAGCGGCUGAUUUUACGGAUCUGCUGUCUGGCGAGAACUACGUCACGGUCUCAUCAAUUAAACCUGUCCUGAAACUCCUCACGGAAGAUGUCUUAAAACCAUCAGACGAGGACACCACUCUGACCUCAGACAUCAAGCGGAAGAUGUGCAGUGUUCUCGAGGAGAAGUACAGACCAGCUGCUCUACAAGCAACUUUGGCAAAGUCCUGCUUGCUGGACCCAAGAUAUCGGGGCAACAAUUUUGAUGAGUAUGCGGAGGAGGAGACAAAGUGCGCGCUGAUCAAUGAAAUGUUGGACACGGAAGACAGAGAGAGCGGUGCCAGUGCGUCAGCUGCUGACCAGCCAGAGUCCUUGGUGCAGACAGCGGUGCCACCACCCACCAAAAAAAGAACGCUCGGAGACCUGCUGAAGUCACGGACAAGCACGUCUGCAACCGUCCCGAAGAGAGCCAGAGCCGACCUGGAGCUCACUCGCUACCUGCAGGAGGAACCCAUCGACUCUAAUGACAACCCCCUGGCAUGGUGGUGCAACAACCAGGAGAGAUUUCCCUUGCUCUCCAAAGUGGCACGCAAGUACAUGUGUAUUUGCGCAACAAGCACACCAUCCGAGAGGGUUUUCAGUGUCGCUGGAAAUGUUGUCACCCCUCUCAGAUCCUGUCUCAAACCGCAUAAGGUUAACAUGCUGGUUUUCCUUGCUCGUAACAAGGACAUGACCGAGUUAUAAAUCAUCGCGUGUGUGUGUGUGUGUGUGUGUGUGUGUGUGUGUGUGUGUGUGUGUGUGUGUGUGUGUGUGUGUGUGUGUGUGUGUGUGUGUGUGUGUGAGUGAAAUUGUAGUGCCUGGUUUCUCUUAUUUUGUAUAGGCUACUUAAUUUUUUACUUUAUUUAUUAUUUAUUUUAUUUUAUGCAUUUAAACGUUCAGCCUUCUCCUGAAUUUAGUUUUUAAGUUCAAUCAGGAGAAACAACUUGCAUCUGUGCCGUUACCGCCCUUUGAUCUGCAUUCAAUAAAUAAGAAGUGUUAUAAAAUUGCCUCGUCUUUUUUUUAAUAACCUUUUUUAAAUUAAGCAAUAAGCCCCAAGAGGC